GGGCUGGCGGGGCGGUACAAGAUGGCGGCGCGCUGGAGCAGCGAGAAUGUGGUGGUGGAGUUCCGAGACGCACAGGCGACUGCGAUGUCUGUGGAUUGCCUAGGACAGCGCGCGGUGCUCUCGGGACGCCGUUUCCUCUACAUUGUCAACCUGGAUGCUCCCAGCGAGGGUCACCGCAAGAUCUCCCGACAGAGCAAGUGGGACAUCGGGGCAGUGCAGUGGAACCCCCAUGAGAGCUGUGCCUACUAUUUUGCAGCUUCGAGCAAUCAGCGAGUUGACCUCUACAAGUGGAAGGAAGGUAAUGGUGAAGUUUGUACAUCACUGCAAGGGCACACACGUGUGAUCAGUGACUUGGACUGGGCAGUGUUUGAGCCAGACCUGCUGGUCACCAGUUCUGUUGACACCUACAUCUACAUCUGGGACAUCAAGGACACCAGGAAGCCUACAGUCUCUCUCUCUGCAGUUGCUGGAGCUUCCCAGGUCAAAUGGAACAAGAAAAAUGCCAACUGUGUUGCCACAAGCCACGAUGGGGAUGUCAGAAUAUGGGACAAAAGGAAACCCAGCACUGCAGUGGAGUACUUGGCAGCUCAUCUCUCUAAAAUCCAUGGUCUUGACUGGCAUCCUGACAAUGAAUAUAUGUUGGCCACUUCCAGCCAGGACAACUCUGUCAGGUUCUGGGAUUACCGUCAGCCUCGGAAAUACCUCAGUAUCCUUCCCUGCCAGGUUCCUGUCUGGAAGGCAAGAUACACACCUUUCAGCAAUGGGCUGGUGACAGUGAUGGUGCCCCAGCUCCGGAGAGAGAACAGUCUCCUGCUCUGGAAUGUCUUUGACUUGAACACACCCGUCCACACUUUUGUGGGACACGAUGAUGUGGUCCUGGAGUUUCAGUGGAGGAAGCAGAAAGAAGGUUCUAAAGACUACCAGCUGGUUACGUGGUCCCGUGAUCAGACUCUGAGAAUGUGGAGGAUUGAUUCUCAGCUGCAGAGGCUGUGUGCUAAUGAUAUCCUGGAUGGAGUUGAGGACCUCAUCGAUGGGAUUUCUCAUCUGCCAGAGCCAGACAAGACCCUUCACCCCCAGGACUCUGAACCUCAACAUAACUCUGGGCAUGGGGAUGAGGAAGCCUUAAAAGAAGAUUUUCUGAAUGACCCCCUGGUGGGAAAGAAAGCAGACCAGCUGGGGCUGCCUCAAACACUGCAGCAGGAAUUUUCCCUGAUCAACGUGCAGAUCCGAAAUGUCAAUGUGGAGAUGGAUGCAGUGAGUCGUAGCUGUACUGUGUCAGUGCACUGUGGCAACCACAGAGUCAGGAUGCUGGUGAUGUUCCCUGUUCAGUAUCCCAAUAAUGCUGCACCAUCCUUCCAGUUCAUCAACCCGACCUCCAUCACUGCAUCCAUGAAGGCAAAGCUGCUGAAGAUACUGAAAGACACUUCUCUGCAGAAAGUGAAGAGGAACCAGAGCUGCCUGGAGCCCUGCCUGCGUCAGCUGGUCUCCUGGCUGGAGUCUGUUGUGAACCAAGAAGACAGCACAUCCAGCAACCCCUAUGCUUUGUCAAACUCUGUGACACCUCCCCUGCCCACGUUUGCCCGGGUCUCCAAUGCCUAUGGCUCCUACCAGGACUCUAACAUCCCAUUUCCAAGGACCUCUGGAGCCAGGUUCUGUGGUGCAGGUUACUUGGUGUACUUCACAAGACCCAUGACCAUGCACCGUGCUGUGUCCCCGACAGAACCCACCCCCAGGUCCCUGUCAGCUUUGUCAGCAUACCACAGUGGGCUCAUCACUCCGAUGAAGAUCCGCACGGAGACGCCGGGCAACCUGCGUUUGUACAGUGGGAGUCCCACCCGCAGUGAGAAGGAGCAGGUCUCCAUUAGCUCCUUCUACUACAAAGAGAGGAAAUCAAGGAGGUGGAAAAGCAAACGAGAAGGGACAGAUGCCAACAGCCGACCCAUCAAAGCCGCAGGGAAAGUUAUAAUCCAAGAUAUUUCCUGCUUGCUGCCUGUCCACAAGCUGCUGGGAGAGCUCUACAUACUGAAUGUGAAUAAUAUCCAGGAGACUUGCCAGAAGAAUGCUGCCUCAGCCUUGGCUGUGGGACGGAGGGAUCUCGUGCAGGUUUGGUCACUGGCCAUGGUAGCUACUGAUCUCUGUCUUGGACCAAAGUCUGACCCAGAUUUGGAGAUACCUUGGGCACAACAUCCAUUUGGACGUCAAUUACUGGAGUCCUUGCUGGCUCAUUACUCACAGCUCCAUGAUGUGCAGACCCUGGCCAUGCUCUGCAGUGUGUUUGAAGCCCAGUCCAGGCUACAGGGGGGCCCAAACUCCUAUGGCCCUUUUCCUCAACGUGCCUCCAACCUGGCCUCCCACAGUCGAUACCCCAGCUUUACUUCCUCUGGCUCCUGUUCCAGCAUGUCAGAUCCUGGACUUGGAACCGGAGGCUGGAACAUAGCAAACAAGGACACGGAGCAGAGCUCCACUCCCUGGUGUGAAUCCUCUCCAGAUGAUUUCCGCUACGGAAACCUCACGUACCCCGAUCAUCGGGAGAGGGAGAAGGACCAGCAUGACAAGAACAAAAGGCUCCUGGAUCCUGCCAACACUCAGCAAUUUGAUGACUUCAAGAAGUGCUAUGGAGAAAUCCUUUAUCGGUGGGGCCUGCGGGAGAAGCGAGCUGAGGUUCUGAAGUUUGUCUCUUGUCCUCCUGAUCCUCAUAAAGGAAUUGAGUUUGGGGUGUACUGCAGCCACUGUCGCAGCGAGGUGCGGGGCACCCAGUGCGCCAUCUGCAAGGGCUUCACCUUCCAGUGUGCCAUCUGCCACGUGGCUGUGCGAGGAUCCUCCAAUUUCUGCCUGACUUGUGGCCACGGUGGCCACACCAGCCACAUGAUGGAGUGGUUUCGCACCCAGGAGGUGUGUCCCACGGGCUGUGGGUGCCACUGCCUGCUGGAGAGCACCUUCUGAGCAGCGGGGACAGCACGGCGCCCGCCUGCGGGGUUUCGUGUUUAAUUCCCAAGCCAUGUUGAAUCAGCUCUGCCCUCCACAGAGGGGAUGCCACAGGGAGCUGAAGCAGGAUGUCCUGGAGAUGAGCCACGGUGACAUUUACGAGUGCUUCCAGUGCUCCUACACUUCCCAGGUUGUUUUUAGUGUGUUUUCAGUGUCCAUUGCUGGUGAUGGAUGCCAGACCAGAAAAACUGCUCCCUCCUGCAGCAGGGUGUGUAGAUGUUGUCUCAGGCUCCUGUGAGAUGAGGAGAUGUUAAAAAGCUCCUUUGGAAAGUGCUCGCCUGGCAGAGCCAAACUUGCUCCAGCUGCACAGUGUCUUUCCAGGUGCCUCCUGACAGGAGGGGGGGGGCUCAGACUGAGCAAAAUCAUCAUCUUUGCACAGUUAGGUAGAAAUAAUCCACAGGCAACAGUGAGCUCUAAAGGUGAGUUGUGAACUGCACUCAAAGAGCAAAUAGUCUGUGGGGCUGUGCUUGGAGGUACCUCUGAAGCAAAAGGGUCCUUACUGGGAAUGGCUGUUCACUUUGUUUAGGUUACCCUGCAAAGCAAAACAAUGAGACUUCAUUUUUCUGGAUUACUUCCAGAUAGCUUCCUGCUCACAGGUCAAUGUCUGCAACGGGUGUGAAAAGUUCAGCCACACGCCCAGAGUCACUGGGAUUAGUUUUCUUCUGGCAGAUUUAGCACCAUUACUCUGAAGGUGUCUGCAGCUUCUGCUCUGACCUGGUGAUGCAAUGCACUUUAACUUGCCUGUCCCUGCCUUGUCCGUGGCACUUCCUGGUGACUGGGAAAGGCAUCUGCCUUCUGAGUUUGGGAUCCUUUCAGUGUUUCCAUGCAUGGUGGCACCUGAGGGCCUUUCUGAAAGCCUUUGCUUUCCUACGGAGAAAACAAGAGGAUGCUUGCUCCCUGCAGCUCCUUUUGGCUGUCUUCUCCAGGGUCUCUGGGGGGAAUCAAUGAAUAACUUGAGGUUUGCUGCUACUAUGCUUGAGUGAUGAGGCUCCUGAGUUGGGGAUGCAGCAGUUUCUAGAGGAAAAUGGUGGAGGGAUUCACAGAGGUGAAAGGUUUGUGCCUUUUCUCCCAGUGGAGCUUCAGUUGGAGAAUGUACCGGGUGGAUCUGUUGGUUUGGGGCUGCUGGGGAUGCUGCUGUGCCACUGGCUGCCUGCACACCCCAGCAGCGUUCAGCCCCAGCUUUGGGUUUGGGCAGAUGUGAUCCCUUCCUCCCACCCCCACCUGCUGAGCAGGUCCCCGUGCCCUGCCCGCACCCAACCUUUGUGCUAACUCAGGCUGUGGGAUCCUGCCGUGGAAUAAACACGUGGUGUAUCUUAAACAUUCAAACAUAAAAACUAUUUUUUUUAAGUGCUGUUCUGG